AUGGCGGAAGAGCGCGUACAGCAACAACUAGCAUCCGGAGAGUUUCCACCGUUGAUGACGUCAGCAGGAGUGAGCGGCACAGCUGGUCGCCACGAGUCACGCUCGCGCGGGAACAACAGCGAAAGUCAAAACAGAAGCAUGAGCCGCCACCGCCGAUCCCAAUCCAAAGACAGAGUAGCCUGGGCAGACGUAGUAAAGUCGGGGGUAGCCAAGAAAGAGCAGCAGCAACAGCAGCAGCAGCAGCGACAGCAGCAGCAGUCACCGCCAUUUCGAGACAGCCGCCAGUCCUUGCUUUAUGGCGGCGUCGUCGGCCACCCGGACGACCCAGAGUUGCUCUUCUGGGUCGGAGCUGAGCAGCGAAGUCCUGAGAGGCGGUGA